UUUAGGUGAGGAAAUGAUUUAUCUCAGUGCCGAUAGUAUUGAUCCUACUGAUACAAAAGCGGUGAAUGAUGAAGCACUUGACUCAGAUUUUCUAAAGAAUAUUAAAGUGUCUGGAUUGCCGAAUCAUAGACUUCGCCUGAAAGUUGGUUGCCCAGUUAUGGUUCUCAGGAAUGUUGAUCCUCCAGAAGGGUUAAUGAACGGAACAAGACUACAGAUUACUCAGCUGAUGGAAUUUAUGGUUGCCGCUAAGAUUAUCACUGGAUCUAAUGUUGGGAAGACAGUCUAUAUUCCUAGAUUAUUGACAACACCAUCUGAUACGAGACUGCCUUUCAAAAUGCGUCGAAGGCAAUUGCCUUUAGCUGUUGCUUUUGCUAUAACAAUAAAGAAAAGUCAAGGGCAGUCUCUUUCAGAAGUUGGACUCUUCCUACCUAGACCUGUGUUUUCACACGGACAGCUCUACGUAGCUAUUUCUAGGGUCACGUCGAAGAAAGGGUUGAAAAUUCUUAUUGUGGACAAAGAUGGAAAACCUCAGCAUAAGACUGUCAAUGUUGUUUUCAAAGAGGUUUUCAAUAAUCUAUAAGCCAAGGAGUCAUGAUGAGGUAUUUAUUUAAGCUCUCCAUCAUUUACUGUUUAUUACUAUAUGUUAAGAUCAUAAUUUAAAAAUAUCUUUGAAACGUGAUGUGUUUUUCAGAUUUAUGCUAAGGAUGAGAAGAGAGGAGGAAGUUCUUUAUCGUACUUGAGUUUCUUUAAGCUGUUUUCAACUUAUUUACGGAUUUGUAUUGUUUUUGAUAUAGCUUAUCAUUUUUCUCUACAUUUUCUAGAUGUUAAAACUAUAGCAAAGAAAUAAAAACAAGAAAACCAACAUAUGAAAACUUCAAUCAACUCACAGCAACAAAACAAUAAACCAAUGAAUCUGUUGUACAUCACUUCUUAUCUAACCAAACCACUUAGAUAUACUAGGAAAAUGUAGAUGGUUCUAAUCUAACGGCUGGUUCCCUUCUUAUCUAACCAAAACACUUAGAUAUACUAUUCAUAUGAUAAAUGGUUCUAAAAAGCUAACCCGACUUAUCGAGUAGUGAGAGUCAAGUGGCUGAGUUAUGAUGGAGUCUUUUCUACAAUUCAUUGUUAUCAAUAUCAUUCCUGAAACAAAGAAAUAUUGUCUUAGUAAUUAAUCAAUAUUUAAUCUACUUUAAGUACUUAAUCUUAGUAGUUAAUCUAUAUUGUCUUAAUUAUUAAUCAAUAAAAGUCUGGAAAAACAAUUUG